CCCGAUAAUCUCGGUUUCUGUUAUGGAGGAAUAUCGUAAAGCCGUAACAAACGCACAUGAAUAUGAGGAAGAAGAAUUCAAAAGAAGUGCAAUCAUGGUUAAGAUUGGAUCUCAAGAAUUCUUUAUUUCUUCUUUUCUAAAACUGUACAAAGCUCGUUGCAGUGGACAAUGGUAA